AUGUCAUCCGCAAACAAAGGCAACUUCCUCGAAUUGGUAGAAUUGCUCUCAAACUAUGAUCCCAUUUUAAAGGAACAUUUCAUGAGGCUGAAACAUGCUGUUGCAUCUGGAAAGAGAAUGACUUCCUAUUUCUCUCCAAAAAUUCAGAACAAAUUAAUUUGUCUUUUGGGAAAUCACGUGAAGGACAAAAUAGUGGCUGAUAUCAAGAAAGCAAAGUACUUUGGGAUUCUUUUUGACAGCACCCCUGAUGUGUCCCACACUGAUCAGAUGUGUGAAGUGAUCAGAUAUGUUCAUAUUGAAGGGGACCAUGUUGAAGUAAAGGAAUCAUUCUUGGGCUUCUUUCCUGUUGCUGAAAAGACUGCUGCUGAGCUCACAGAAAAUAUCCUGCAACAUCUGGAGGAAGAUGGACUAGACAUAAGCCUUUGCCGUGGUCAAGGAUAUGAUAAUGCUGCAACUAUGGCAGGGAUUCAUGGUGGUGUUCAGGCAAAAAUAAAAGAGAUUAAUCCCAAGGCUUUGUUUAUGCCAUGUGCAAACCAUUCCCUGAACCUAUGUGGGGUGCACUCAUUUGGAAGUGUUGCUUCCUGUGUGACCUUUUUUGGAACAUUGGAGAGAGUGUAUUCCUUUUUUUCGGUUUCUACACAUCGUUGGGAAUUGCUGAUGGAAAAUGUAGGUGUGACAGUGAAAAGACUUUCCCAAACAAGAUGGAGCGCUCAUUAUGAUGCUGUGAAGCCAGUGAGGGCAAAUUUUGAAAAACUGACUUCAGCCCUUGAAAAAUUAUGUAAUCCCAAAGAAAAUGUGGACACAAGAGGAUCGGCACAGAUGUUGCUGUCUGCUGUAUGUGAUUUUCCUUUUUUGUGUUACCUUUCUUUCUAGUGUGAAGUUCUAGAAGAAGUUAAUAUGACACAGAAAUAUUUGCAAACUGUGGGACUCACUCUUGAAAAGUGCAUUGUGAAACUACAAGGUUUGAAAGCGUUUCUAGCAGAUCAGCGCAGUGAAAUUGUGGAGAAGGCAAUUUGUUAUGCAACUACUACGUGUAAAGAAAUGGACAUUUCAAUGGAAAGAAGAGGGAGAGUAAAGCUCCGUAAAACAAUGCCAGGAGAGAAGGCAAAGGACGCUGGUCUCACAUUGCCAGAGGAAAUGAAAAGGGCUAUGUUUGAGUGCCUUGAUCAUUUUCAUCACGAGUUGGAAAUUCGUUCUCAGUCAAUUGAAAAAAUCCUUUCAAUGUUUGCUGUUGGCUGUUCAGCCAAGCUCUCUGGUUGUGGCAACAGAGAAAGAUAUUCGUAA